UUUUUUAUUUAAUUUUCAUCCUAAUAUAUUUUUUGCUUUUUUUGAUUUGACUUGCGGAAACUAUAAGAUCAAUGAGUGAAGAGGAAAAAAACAAAAAUGUGGAUAAAAAUAAUCAGCAUAGAAAUAGUGAAAAUAGUGAACAAAAUAAUGAUAAUGAAGAAAAUACGGAGGAAAGUAAGAAAGAAAAUAAUGAUAAUGCGAGAGAGUCUAAAGAAUCUAAAGAACCCGAAGACACUGAUGAAACUGGGCAAAGUGAAAGUAAAAAGUCUUCAUUGGACAACGUUAAGUAUCAAAGAGAGGUAAGUUUUUUAGAAAACUCAAGAGAUUUAAGUUACCAAUCGCUACCUUCAAUGGAUUCAAAUUUAACUGAAACAGGAUACACUGACUCAAUCACAUAUGGAGAAGGAUACAUAGAACCAACUGAUAAAGUAUUAUAUCCUAGACUUAAAGAAGAACUUUUCCCUGAAGAUGAGGAUCUAACGUCAGAUCCACUGAGAAAUGCAGUAGCAGAAAGAAGAAUAUCAGAAACCACAAUGAUCACACAUAAAGCAAUUGCUAAGCAAUACGGUUCUUAUGGUAAUCGAUAUGCUAAACGUGAUUCAUCUAAAAUUUAUGGUACAGAUUCUGUACUCUAUACUGAGCUAAGAGAAGAAGGACAUUUCUUAUAUUUUAUUCUACCUCCAGAUGGUGGUACAGGUUGGAUUGUAACACUGAUAUCGUUUCUAUGCCAAUUACUCGUUAGCGGAAUACUUUACGCUAUUGGCCCAAUAUUGCCACAUAUAUCUGCUGAUCUCGGAUUAUCUGAUGUGAAAGUUACACUUAUUCCCACGGUUCAAAUUGGUUUGUUUUUUUUAUGCAUGCCAUUCUCAACUGCCCUCUUCAAUAGCUAUGGUUUUUAUCGUAUAAACUUAUGUGGAGCAUCAUUUGCAGCAAUCGCAAUGUUUGGAGCAUCUUAUUGUACACAAAUUGAAACUUUACUGCUUAGUUUUAGCAUUUUAGGCGGACCAGCUUUAUCAAUUCUGUAUAUAUCCUCAAUUUUACGCAUAAGUCUCUUCUUUCAAAAAUACCGUUCGCUUGCAUAUGCGAUGACAUGUUCAGGUACUGGAGCUGGCUUGGUAGUCUUCUUCUUCGUAAACAAUUAUAUACUAGCAGAGUACAAUUGGAGACAAGUUAUGAAAUGUCAUUCCAUAUUAUUUGGAAUAUUAUUUCUUAUAUUACUUAAACGCGUGAAAAUAACACCUAAAAGGAUUUUUAAAAUUGAAAUACCAACUACAUCUCUUGGCUCAAUGAUGGUAGAAGAAUUUCCAAGAGAGGUACCAGUCAGAAAACUAAGUGAUGUACAUACUAUUACUUUUGAGAAUAAAAAAAUUGGAGAAUUAUUUGUUCCGUUUACGCCACCAACAGUGUUUACUCCUGGCUUAAGUGAACGCAUUUUACUGGCUCCUUGUAAAUUCGAAGAUGUGCAUGUUUAUUCGAGCAACCAUAUUUUGAAACCCGAUCUUAUCGAAAUAAAAGAUAUUUUCUAUACAGGGCCAGUGAAAUAUAUAUUUCCUGAAGAUGCUUUUCUGCUAUUGCAAGAAUCCUCACUAUUUCUGAUUGCCAAUGAAGAUGAUACGCUUACUACACAUUAUAUUCUAUCCAUGGUAUGGAGUCGGCGAAUAGGUAGAUACGGUGGAUCUGUAAUGAAAUUUUGCGUGAAACUUUCGUUUACGCUUAGUGUGCUCCUCAAUCUGAAACUGUUAACUAUGCCAAAGUAUCUACUUAUGUUAACAGCAGUGUUUUUCUUUGCAUUAGGAUUCACAACACCCUAUAUCUACUCCUAUGCUCAUUCCAAGCUACAACAUCCCUAUGAGCUUCUACCAGGUUGCAUUAUCGGGAUAUCAAUAAUGCUCUUUAGUAUUUCUGGUGGAUUUGUGGUCUAUUUCAAUGCAGACGACAUACUAGAAAUAUUCUGUGUUUGCGUAAUAUUUAGUGGAAUUGCGUUGAGCAUAAGUGCAUUUUAUGGUCGAACCAAUGUAUGCCUUCAAUGCCUUUAUGCUUUCUUUUUUGGCAUUGCACCUGCUUUGCAUCCGAUACGCUUAACUGUGGGGCUUGAGCAAUUAGUCGGAUUCGAAAACCUAAGUAACGCUUAUUCAUUGUCUUGCAUUGCCACGGCAAUUGCAGUUUUUAUCGCAUAUUUGGUUUUUGCAUAUAUGCGCCUUUGCACUGGAAAUUAUGUUUACACAUUCGCAAUAUCUGGAAUUUGUUUAAUUAUAUCCGGUAUACUUAAGACAAUAGUAAGAAUCAUCGUUUGAAUAAAUUAUAAAAAAAAUUUA